AUGGUCCAAGUAUCCAAAAUGCUCCUCGGUCUAGCCGCCAUGCUGAUGUCAAGCAUCAUACCCACGAACCUUGCAGAGCUAGUGCCGGCAUUCGAGAUAUCCACCUUCGACUACGACAACCUCUCCACUGGAAACACGCCCAACGAAGUACUCAACGCGCUCAAGCAGGACGGUAUCAUCAGCUUGGCAAACGUUCCGUCCUACGCCCAUGUACGCCGUUCCUAUCUCGACUCAGCCGCCGCAUGCGCCAUGUCUGCUCAAGAAGCCGAGGCCGAUUUCCUGCUUCACAAGACGCUCACGGACGGCACGAAGCGCUACACCAUCAGCGCGCCGUCGGGCCUGGCCGCCAACGCCGCUGCCACCACGACGGAUGCGGUGUGCCCGGGCUAUCAGGACAUCUACAACAAGUUCUCGUCGCUUCUCGAGCUGGUGGUGCUUAGUGUGGCCACGACGCUCGAUGCCACCGACUUCAUAACGAAAGACGGCUACGGUCGCCCCGUUUCUAGUCGUAAAAUGAUAAUGGAUGCCGUCCGUCUCGACCACUUUCACGUCUACGAGACGCCAUCUCUCCACGAUCGCAGACUCAUGAGCGACUUCUCCGGCACGCAGACCGAUCCUUCGUCCGAAAACGACUUUACGCUCGAGCUGCACGAGGACCACGGCAUGUUCAUCGCGUUCUCCACGCCUACCUUUUACAAGGUUAGUACUGACGGCACGAAGCGCACGUUCGAAUCGGUGUCGGCCGGCGGUGAAAAUUACGCGGAGUCGGGUCUCAUCAUACAAACGCGGGAUGGUCGGCGCGUGCGACCCGUGUUGAAGCCUGACGAGGUGACCCUCAUGGUUGGCGCGGGCUUCGAGCACUGGGUGGACACGUCAGAGAAGCUGCCGGCCGUGAUGCACGGCAUGCGCAUGCCCAAGGUGGAAACAAUGGCGACAGAGAGUUUACUACGCGCGUGGUUUGGCAAGAUGACGUUGCUACCGUCGUACCAGCGCAUGGUGCAGCACAUGGACUUUAACGUGCAUGUGAACAUCACGGCGGAAUACGUGCGGCAGGGGCAUCAAUCGAACCGUCAGCUGCUGGGCUGCGCUUCUGGUCGUCACUUGGUCGCUUCGGCAGAUGAAAAAUGUAGCUACAGAGAAUGCUCGCUAAAGCCGAACGCAAAAGUACCUGACGGAGGCUGCCAAACGGUUUGCAACCGAAACCACGAGACCGACGCGAGUGAUUGUAGUGCUAGCUGUGACUGCCAAGUAAGUCUCAAUAGCGCAAGCAUAUGCUGGAUGCUCUGUGUCUUGGACCUGGACUCAAACUCAUGCAGCCAACAGUCGUGUUCGGGUCAGGCAAGGGUUUGUGAUUCGCCGUCGGCUCUUCCUGCACCAGCUCCUGCACCAGCUCCUGCACCAGCUCCUGCACCAGCUCUUGCACCAAAUGUCACUCUCUCAUCUGAUACUGUCCCCUCUCCAAUGAUUUCGCCUCAUCCUCAAUCUAACGUUGCGACUCCUUCGUCAAGCACGUCGGUCUCUACGCUGGGCUCUACUAAUUUGCCUUUGUCCAGUGAGACACCUCUUCACGAUGCGUGCUAG